AUGGCCACUACCCAUUCCACCCAACCCAGCGACCCUCCCUCGCCGAGUCAAUCCAACAGUGCCAGUCCCAGUAGCAUUGCUUCUACGGAGGAUCUCGAUCCCGCGUUGCUUGACGAGGAGGAAAAUCCGUUGGAAGAUGGGCUGGCCGAUAAUGUGGCUGUGUCGUCAAAGUACUCCUACGCAGACGGCGGGGCCGGAUACAAUGCUCUCAAAUCCCAUCAGGGGCAACUCUACGCCGGAAUGGCAGUUGGAGGCUCGCACACUUGGAAUUAUGACUCUGGAACGUGGAAAGAGACGAAGGAGGAGCCGGACCUGUGGAGAAUCGACUACCAGACCAAGAAACGACGGGCACGCAAUGCGCCCAAGGGUAGCGGUGCGCCUGUGGGGACAGAAUAUCACUGGCUAAUUGUUGGCCAUCAGCAUGUGCGGAAAAUCGAUGCAAACACUUACGAAACGCAUCUCACCGGGUCGAAAUACAAAUUAGCACACAAGUCAGUGACAGCCAAGACUUGGUCGAUUCCGAAGGUACAAGCGCAGCGCGAGCGUGAAGUUGAGCUACUACAGGAUGCACAGCGACGUAUACGUGGCCUCCCGCCUGUUCUUUCGAGUGAGAAGGUCAAGGUCGAACGGAAGGAGAAAGGGCAACAAAGCCUUGACUCGCUUUUCAAGCCUGUGGCGAGACCAAGGAAGAAUACAGUUGCAUCUGGGAAGAGAAAACGCUCAUAG